GGACGAAGUUCAUGCCUCGGCUGCUCGCACCAAGUGGCCAAUAAUCCAAAUGCUGUACUAUCAGCGGUACAUUUAGGACAGCUUUUAUCCUGUCAUCGAUCGACGUCAAAUCAGCUUCUUUGUGCUUUUGAUAUCCUGCUUCAAAAACAAUGGCACCUCUUAAAUAUCUCAGCAAUUUUCUAAUUGCCAUUUCCUUCUUUGUCCUUGCCAUAGAUGCAACCCCUCUCGUGCACAAGAGAGCCGGUCGAACCAGCGCUCCAGCUGGAUGUCUAACUGUUAGAGGAAGCGGUACUCACUCCGGCGAGUAUAGCACAGUUGGAGCUGCAUUGAGCGCCCUUGGAUCUUCGAAAUCAGCCGCAUGUAUUUUCAUAUACGGUGGAACAUACAACGAGCAACUUACGAUUAAAUAUGGCGGAAACCUUACCGUCUAUGGAUACACCACUGAGUAAAACCCACCCUCCAUGUUUUGCAGGCGGCAACUAACUCGUGCUAGUAUUGGAACAUAUAAGAGUAACACCGUGAAGAUCACACAUGGUAUCAACUCCACCACUGUAGGCUUGGAUGCUAGUUCCACGGCGAACAUCGUGAGCGCAAAUUUCAAGGCGUACAAUGUCGACUUCGCAAAUACUUAUGGGGCCGGUGUUCAGGUUUGUUUUCCGUCCAAGCUCACUUAUACUCUAAGGAGUGAAUGACUGAUGUACUUCACUUUAGGCCGUGGCCGUAACCGCCAAUGGAGAUCAGCAAGGUUAUUAUGGGUGCUCAUUUACCGGCUACCAAGAUACUUUGUAUGCCAAAGCAGGCAAACAAUACUACUCCAAUUGCUACAUUGAGGGUAAAUUCCCAAGCCAUUUGAUAAAUACUCGUUGUAAUUGCUAAUGAUGAUAGGCGCUGUGGAUUAUAUAUUCGGUGAUGCUGCGGCUUGGUUUGGCGAAUGUAUGUUACUAUCAGAACAAUCCGAUAACCAAACACAAAAGUGACAGAAUAUUCUAACCCGUAUUCUUAGGUACAAUUGCUUCGAACGGAGGAGGUGCUAUAACGGCAAGCUCGAGAACACUUAGCAGCGAUAGCGGCUGGUAUGUCAUCGACACCUCCACUGUAAGAAAUACAAGAAACUCCUCGUCUCAAAACAAACACUGAUAUCUCCUAGAUAACCCAAGCAGAUGGUUAUAGCCUGACAGGAAAAGUCUAUCUCGGACGACCAUGGAGAGGCCUUGCUCGUGUAAUUUUCCAAAAUUCUGUCUUGACAGGAGUGGUAAAUGCAGCGGGUUGGACUACUCUUGCUGCUGAUGCAACACCGUAUGUCUCUAUUUCCCUAAUUCUCACGGAUAAAAUUAACAAUCUGUAGGAUAUUUAUGGAAUAUGCCAAUACGGGGGCUGGUUCAAGCACAUCCGCCAGGGCUUAUGUGAGUAAAAUAGCUAUGUUGCUGAGUUGAAGAAGUGUUACUUACUAUGUUUAUAGGAAACUGCUGCUAAGGGUACGGUUGAUAAGAACACAUUGUGGGGAAAUACCUGGGCUUCCUGGGUUGAUACUUCGUAUUAAGUUGAGGUAUAGCGAGGGAAUUUGGGAAGACUUUUGGUUAAAUGUGUUCCUUAUUCCAUAUUGAACGGGUAGCACUAAUCGUCUGAAAAACUGUAAUUAAUCUAAUCACUGAGCUGAGCUAAGUUACGGGGAGGAACGGGAUGGCUAUUACAGCCGAUCGACCAAAAAGGAUUCCACCCAAACAAGAAUUCUGAGCUUGAUAAGCCUAGAAACCAAACAAGAAAAUGGAGCUU